AUGCCCAUUUUUGCUUUUAUGUCUCCCUUGACUAGAAAUAUAAGCCAAAAGAAAGCAAGUGACUCUCUCAGUUGUGUUCACGAGGAACCCAGGGGCCUGGAGCACUUCCUGGCAGCUGAGAAGUAUUUGUUUGCUGUUCUCAGCCUCAGCCCCUCUCUGCUGCUGAUGACACAGCGGAGAUCUGCCGACAGAGGGGCCCAUCAGUGGUCUGGGUUGCAGCCCCCCGCUUCGCUUGAGGUAGGUUCCAGGAGUGAACUGACGUCUCCAAUUUCUCAAGCUGAAGUUGAAGGCUCAGCCCAGUGUGGACCUCAGCAGCUUGCUCCCAGGUGGGACAUGCUGUUUGGCAGAGCACCCUCCAGCCGGCAGGGCCCCUCGUGUGGCUGUGAUGGGGCUGUAGCCUUGCUGAACCCAGGAUCCACACCCCUUGGGCAUGAGGUUGAAAUCACCUGCCUCCAGAGCUUCACUGGCACCACUGGGAGAUAG